GCAUCUACGCCGAAAUACGCGCUGAGAAGGAACCAGACAAGCCAGCCAGCCAAGCACUCACCACGCACCAGUCUCGCUGCGGCACUAAGUAACCGCGCUUGUGCUUGUCACGCCUCUAGUCGUGGCGCUCACAAUAGUUACAACGCGACUGUGAAUACUAAAAUACUAAAAAGUGACAAUUUUAAAAGUGUUCUUAUAAAGGUUUCAGGCGUUUUUUAUUAUUUUCAUUUGAAAUAUUGUUUUAAUUGCUAGCUUCGAUAAGAUUAACGUUCGAAAUGCCGGCUCAAGCAGAAACUAAAGUUAUUCUACGUGAAGUGACACCUGAAAUUUCACAACACAUGCUGACAGAUGUCACAACAUUACCUGGCGUACAACUUGGAGAUUACUUCCUUCAGUUUGAACUGGAAGAGCCGAGGGAUUCAGUAAAAGAAAUAGCCAGACGAGAAUUGCGGGAGACGUCAGAAAUUAUAAAACCGGCCGUUGAAGAACUAAGACGACUAUUAGAAGCGGACAAAGACUUGUUUGUUCCACUUGAAAGGGACGCUUGGCUCAUAAGAUUUUUACGGCCGUGCAAAUUCUAUCCAGAAAGCGCAUAUGAUUUGAUAAAAAGAUACUACGCUUUCAAAGUUAAACAUCACAAACAAUAUGACGGCCUCACUCCCAGCAAGGAGCAAAAUAUCUUCAACCAGAACGUACUACGUGUACUACCUAACCGCGACCAGCUCGGCAGAAGGGUCCUCGUCCUUGAAUUAGGAAAGAAAUGGAAUCACAACAAAUGUUCUUUGGACGAGGUAUUCAAAGGCUGUGUGCUGUUCCUGGAGGCGGCCAUGUUGGAGCCCGAAACUCAGAUAUGUGGCGCCGUCGUUAUAUUUGACAUGGAUGGCCUUUCCAUGCAACAAGUCUGGCAGUUCACACCGCAAUUCGCCAAACGAAUAGUUGACUGGCUACAGGAAAGCAUUCCACUCCGAAUUAAAGGCUUAUAUAUCAUUAAUCAGCCCUACAUAUUUAACAUGGUGUUCCAACUCUUCAAACCCUUGCUCAAAGAAAAACUGCGCUCGCGUAUUGUGUUUAUGGGCAGUGAUAGAGAGCUUCUAUACAAGUACAUAAGCCCUAAAUGCCUCCCAGACUGCUAUGGUGGAACCCUAUCUAUACCGAACGUGAAUGGUCCACAGUGGUUGGAAUUGCUGAUGAUUUGUGACACGGAGUUUGCUGCAAUCAACAACUACGGAUACAAGAAGAAGUAACAUACUUUUAAUGAAAUAGUACAUUAAUCAUAUACGACGUUAUUUAGAAACGUUGUUUAGCGAAUGAUUACGUAAACAAUGUUGUGUCUACUUCUUUCGAAUGUCAAAUCAUUUAUGACAGAAAGAGAGGAAUCAGUGUCUAUGAAAACAGUCGUUAAGCAACGUUUAUAAGUAAGACCGAUAAUAUUUAAAUACAAGAAAUGUGAUAUUUUACUUUAAGAUGUUUAUAAGCAUCACUAGUUUUAAGAUAUGUAACUUUGCAUGAGGGAUAUUUUUUUUUUCUUUUAAUUAUUGCAUUAUUUUUUUAUUUGAUAUUAUAAAGUACAACUUAUCUCGCAUAUUGACUUUACAAGAAAAACUUGCUUUUAUAUUUUUAAUGAAUAACCAAGAAGAAAUCAUCUUUAACAUAAAUAUUUUUCUUUUUAUCUCUUUUUUACUAAUACGAAAAUCUUGCCCCGCGUGCCAGUACGUAACUUUGUGUUUUUUAAAAUAAAAAAUAACAUUUACCUUUUUUCUUAUUAUUCAAUAGGCGUGAGCUGUGAUAUUUAAAAAUACAUUCUUUUAAUUUUUAAAUAUAGAAUAAAACGAGAUAUUAACUCAUAUUUUAUUUAACAUAAUUUGACACUUUAGCAUUCACUUGCACAUUUGCUAUUCGUUUAUGAAGUUUCUUUGAAAAACUGUUCUCGGUAAAAAUAGAUAAAAUUACGCUGUGAGGAAAACAACAAAUCUUUAAUCGAAUGAAUUAUUAGCAAAAUAUAUUAUAACAUUGAAUGAUUCCAUUAGUUAUUUUUUCUAAUUAUCCACUUAUGUUUUAUUGUUUAUUAUAUAUAAAAAUAAUAUAUAAAACACUUAUGAAAAUGACCUAAUAAAAUAUUAUCGUUAAAAUUUAUUACUAAAAUAUAUAUGUUUGUAGUAGAUAAUUUCCAUUAAAUAUCGCUUGGAACAGGGUUAUCUCGUUAUGUAUUUUAUAUACAAGUUAUUGUUGGACUAGGUUAGGGAUUUAGAUGAAAAAUAUCGCAUAGAUUUUUUUGUAAAAUAUAAAAUAUAUUGAAAAUUAAUUCAGUGGAAUCUCAAUAUGACUUAUUUUUAUGGCAAGUAUAACUUUCAAUGCAAAAGAGCGACUGUUCAGAUUAUUGCAAGUUUUGUUUAUAAAUGAAUUAUUUGUAUUUAAGUUAACUAAUGCAUAUUAUUCCAAUUUUUUUCUAUAUUUGGGUAGGUUAAUUAUGAUUAUGUAAUAAGUUCAAAUUUUUUUUUUAUAUAAAUAAUUUCAUAUAAAAUGUACCGCCAUUUUAUUGUAUUCAAUAAAAAAAACAUCACUUUUUCAUGUCAAAUUAUUUCAUUGCUAAUGCUUUGAAACAUAAGUAUGAAGACCUAAGCAACUAAAAAUAGUAAAUAACUAUUGUCGGAUAAAAUGUUAAUAAAACUUUUAUAAUUGUA